UAUUGUGAUUCAAUUUGAUAUAGUGCAUGGAAGUCUACACCUGGAAUCUACCGCAAGCUCUUUUUGUUAUCCUGGUUGGACUCAUCUGUUUAUUCUUUCAUUGACGAUUCAUUGAACAACAAGCUUUCCGUAUCGAGCCUGAGUAAAAAGGAAGGUUGCAGUGCCAAUAAUAUUGGUUGUGAUCAUAUAUUGUAUAUGGUGUAGUACAUGGGAAGCUUUGAUAGAAAAGCUUCAUAUUCUUCACUUUCUCAAGUAGAAAAGGAGAAGAUCAAGUACCCCUUUGAGGAUGACUAUGCUAAUCCUAUAUGGGCUGCACCAGAAGGCAGUGGUUGUCCAUUAGGCUCAAAACCCUCAAAACAAGAUUAUGGAUACCAAUUCCCAUUUGAAUCUGAUGAUUUUAUCGAUGAAGAGUAUGAUUCCAGUGACAAUAAAUGUAAUUCUUUGCAAAAUAAUAGGCCUCCAGAGGUGAACUUGAAAAAUGUUUUGGGUGGGAUUGUUGCAAUUUUGACUGGGCGGAACAAAGUUCCUGGUGUUUCUUCAAAUCAGCAGUUAAGCAGUUCAAACACGUCUUUUCUUGGGUCGGGAAAGAAUGGGGAUACCUACUUGCACUCCUCGGUUUAUAUACCUAGUGCUCCACCCCUUUUGGAGCCUACCGGGAUCAAUUAUCGUGCAUACAAACAGGUACUGGAAGCAGAGCCUCCAGAGUGGCUUCCUGAUAGUUCUUCUAUGGUGUGCAUGCAGUGCAGUGCUCCCUUUACAGCACUCACCCGAGGCAGACACCAUUGUAGAUUUUGCGGAGGAUUUUUCUGUAGAACAUGUACAAAGGGCAGGUGUCUUUUACCUGUUAAGUUCAGGGAGAGAAAUCCACAGCGGGUUUGUGAUGCCUGCUAUGAUAGGCUUGAUCCUUUACAGGGUAUCCUUGUCAAUACCAUUAGCAAUGCUGCGCAAGUGGCAAAGCAUGAUGUGAUGGAUUGGACCUGUACAAGAGGAUGGCUGAACCUACCUGUUGGUUUGUCCAUGGAACAUGAGAUCUACAAGGCAUCCAAUACAUUGAGAAGCUACUGCCAGGUUGGUAGAUUGAAUCCAGAAAGGUCCAUACCCAUGGCAGUUUUGAUGGGUGCCAGAGGUCUGGCAAUUUUAACUGUUGCUAAAGCUGGUGCACUAGUGUCUUAUAAAGUUGGCACUGGUUUGGUCAUCGCUCGAAGAUCUGAUGGAUCAUGGUCUGCACCGUCAGCCAUAUUCUCUGUUGGGUUAGGCUGGGGUGCUCAGAUUGGGGGAGAGUUCACGGACUUCAUAAUUGUGCUCCACAAUUCAAAAGCUGUGAAGACAUUUUGCAGUCGCAUGCACUUUUCUCUUGGAGCUGGUUGCAGUGCUGCAGCAGGGCCCAUUGGGAGGGUGCUGGAAGCUGAUCUUCGUGCUGGCGAUCGAGGUUCUGGCAUAUGCUAUACUUAUAGCUGUAGCAAAGGGGCAUUUGUGGGUGUGUCACUGGAGGGGAACAUUGUUGCAACAAGGAUGGACAUGAAUUUACAGUUCUAUGGUGAUCCUUAUCUGAGCACAAAUGAUAUUCUACUUGGAAAAGUUGAUAGACCAAAGGCUGCUGAGCCCUUGUAUGCUGCCCUCGACGAUCUGUACAGCAAUCUACGGAGUUAGUGUCAGCGCCUUUUUUUGUUGCAUGUUUGCAUUAUCCUUCCACAUGUGAAGCAAGCAUCUCCAUGACUACUGGGUCUCGGUUGAAAGAUUGGUCAAAUCCUGCAAUGAAUUAUUCACACUCAACAAGCAAGUGCACAUACUAGUUAAUGAUAGUCGUAUUUCGGAUAAAACAAUAAGACAUAGCAUACAUUGUACUCACUAUCAUACUUUUUUUCAUUAGCAUUAAUUUGGACCCUUCAUGUGUUGAUUCAGCCCAGAUUUAUGUAAAUACACUUUGGUUCAGCAUCUGUAUAUAAACGAUUGUGAGAUAACUCUCAGUACUCAGAUUGGUAGAUGGGUAACUUUUA